AUGUUUCCUUUCGAUGCGACCGCCAUGCCCACGCUACCAACGCGCAAGGGUCUGCUGGUGGUCGACUUCAAUAACGAUUUCCUGUCUGCCGACGGCGCCCUACCGGUCACAAACGGUAGCGAGCUGGUCACACGCACCCUGGAGCUGGUCAAGGCCUUUCGCAAAGUUGGCGACGUUAUCUGGGUGCGCAGCGAGUUCGAGAAGUAUCGCCUUGCCUCGGCAGAACAGAUUUGGGCUACCGACAAAAUCCCAAAGCUCAAGAUUCCCGAGUCUCGCGCUAGAAGAAAGAUUGCAUCUAAGAAAGAGCCCGAAGAAAAUUUUGAUGCCGAUCCGGAGGCUUUCCUCAGCCAGCCCGGCCCCAAAGUCGUCCGUUCUGGCACUCCUGGUGCCGAUUACCCCGUCGCCGUCAAGGAAGCCAUCGGCAAGAGGGAUAUCAACUUGACCAAGUCACAUUACUCAGUCUUUUCCUCCGGCCAGCUGCUGCAAAUGAUGCGCGUCAAGUUCAUCCAUGAGCUUUAUAUUUGCGGAUCCCUUGCCAACAUUGGCGUCCACGCCUCAGCUAUGGAUGCCGCCACGUUCGGUUACUCCAUCACUUUAGUCGAGGACUGUUGUGGGUUCCGCUCCGAAGUGCGUCAUUCCGCUUCCGUAGGGAAGCUUGUCGAUGUGACGGGCUGCGAGGUAUUAGAGAGCGAUGCUGUCAUUAAGGGACUGCAGCCGAAAUCCGAGUCAAAGCCUGCCUCGUCAUCACCCGUCGUACCCAAGAGAAUCGCGGAAGCCAGUGGUGGCCAAACGCCGCCCUCGGCUGAUUCGUAUAAGAGCAAACUCGAAGAGCAAUUGGCCAAGCUUUCAAUCAACAGUUCAAACUCCUCAAAAAGCAAGCCUUCCAUCUCACGCCCACGCCGAGACUUGGGAGGUUCAGGCUGUGCAACCGCUUCUGAUAUUUUGGAAGUUGAUGACAAUGCAGACGCAGUACAGACGGACCAGGGCGGUGACUCACCCGACAAAGAGGUUCACAAACGACCAAAGAGACCAACGGCAGGCAAGGGGAGUCUUGAAAUAGAAAUCGACACAGAUUCGGUACCGGAGAAAACACCUUUAAAAAAGCAGCAACUUACCAAGACAAUCGCCGACGAGAAAGCAUCCUCCACGUCCGACAUCGAACUCGAGCCAGACUCGAGCCCAGAGUUAAAGCCAGGACCAGCCAAAAAGCCUGCUGCCAUGGACGACACCAUCGAGGUCGAUGACUCACCGCACGCUACCGAACCUCUUUGUGAGGGUGACACCACCGUCAUUAACAACAUACUCCCUUCUGCCUUGGCCGAGGGCAUCUUCGAGAAGAUCAGAGACGAGGUCUCAUGGCAGAGAAUGUCCCACCAGGGCGGGGAGGUCCCUCGACUGGUCGCUGUCCAAGGCGAAGUAGCCGACGACGGCAGCAUGCCAGUAUAUAGACAUCCAUCAGACGAAUCGCCCCCUCUCUUCCCCUUCACCCCUACAGUACAGAAAAUCAAGGCAGAGGUCGAGAAGGAGCUCGGACACCCGCUGAAUCACGUCUUGAUUCAGUUCUACCGCAACGGCACCGACUACAUCUCUGAACACAGCGACAAGACCCUCGAUAUCGUCAAGGGGUCGUACAUCGCCAACGUCAGCUUGGGUGCAGAGCGCACGAUGGUGUUUAGGACUAAGAGGCGGGACAAGGACCCGUCCAGCACCGCGACACCGUCGGGCGAGACCUCUCUGCAGCGACAGGUUUGCCGCGCCAAGCUGCCGCAUAACUCACUCUGCCGCCUGGGCCUGGUGACGAAUGGUCGAUGGCUGCACGCCAUCCGCCAGGACAAGAGAACGGACCGAGACAAGACGCCUCCCGAAUUGGCUUUCGACGGGGGACGUAUCUCCCUCACCUUCAGACAGAUUGGCACCUUCUUGGAUCGAGAUAGCACUCUUAUUUGGGGUCAAGGGACCACCAGCAAGACCAGAGAGACGGCCCAGCCCGUCAUCAAUGGUCAGUGUCCACAGGCAGUCGACAUGGUCCACGCCUUUGGCACGGAGAACCACUCGUCCGACUUUGACUGGAACAAGUACUACGGCAAGGGCUUCGACGUCCUCCACAUGAGCACCUCGCCGCGUCUCUCCGCCUCGGCCGAUCCCGUCGUCAACAUGCGUAUCGCCCUGAUACUGGCCGAGUACGGCAUUUCGUACGCCAAAGGGAGCAUAUCUCCUUCCUUCAACUGGAAGGACAGCAAUGCCGGCGACAAGGACACAACGGCUGUUCCCGCAUCGCUGCCGAUCCGUUUCGUCGACAAUGACGUUGCCAAGUCAACAGUUCAGGGCGAGUUGGCCAUCAUGCUCUACCUGGAUUCAGUACACGGAUCAGGAAAGAAGGGAGCGUCAGAUAGACCGCAGCCCGAUAUCGCGAGAAUCUUCGCCCGUUUCCAGGAUGGCCUCGCGCUCCUGGACAAGUGGCGAGGGCUCGAAAAGGAUAGCGAAUCAGGGAAGCGCGACCUCGCCCCCUUGAAGCGAGAGCUUGCCAUUUGGGAGGGAUACGCAGGCGAAGCCGACUUCAUUGCAGGCCCGAGUAUCUCGUUGGCCGAUUUCGCCGUAUGGCCAGUGUUGCACGUCAUUUUCCAGGAUGCCAACAAGGAAACUCUGGAAGCGAACAAGAAGCUGAAGGCGUACUACGAGAGAAUCAAGUCCACCAAGUCUGCCACAAAGAUCCUUGAUGGAAACCAACCUGAUACCAUAGAGGCUGUAUCGGUGAACCAAAAGACUGGAGGUGUGGCCGAGACAUCGCGACCGAGUAAGAGUCUUUCAGGCAAGGAGUCGCAGAAAGACUGA